ACAACACAUUGGAGGUCUGAAAAUAUUCAGUUGAUAUUUUGCCGCGUUGCGAGAGGUGGAGCUGUUCGCCAGAAUUUGAAUUCGUUAUUUUUUCAGCUCCAAGUGAAAUUGCAAUCCGUUUCGUGUGUGUGGCCCAGUUAAGGCUCCCCAGUCGCCAGUCGCCAUCGCCAUGAGUCCCCGUCCCCGCGAGAUCCUCGAUGAACCAGAACUGUCGCUGGACUCGUCCUCGAACUCGUCCUCCUGCUACUUGCGAAAAUCUGGACAGGAUUGCGACGACAGCUGCCUGAUUGAUGGCCAACUGGUUGCGGAUGCUGCGGACGCAGCGCAUCAAUUUCCGUCCAACGAGGAGCCCAAUAUUCUGGGGCAUGGACCCAACUACGACGAGAAGUUGUCCAAAUUCAAAUGGCUGUGCAAUUUCGACGAUGCCCCCAGCCACUUGAAGUUCAACCCGUACAUCCGCCGCGGAUACCGCACCUUUCUGCCCUCCACGAAGAUGUGCCUGCAGAGCAUUUUCUGGUGGACCAAUGAGACGAUCAACAUCUGGAGCCAUCUGGUCGGCUGCAUCCUGUUCAUCGGCCUGACCAUCUUCGACCUGCAGUUCCUGCGCCUCCACGCCUCCCUGAGCGACCAGGUGCUGGUGGUCUGUCUGCUGGUCUGCUUCUGUCUCUGCAUGCUGAUGUCCGCCAUAUACCACAUAUUCUCCUGCAAGUCGGAGGAGCACUACGAGCUCUUUCUGUCCGUUGACUUUCUGGGCAUCUCGCUGUCGCUGGUGGCCAUCUAUAUUAGUGGCAUGUACUAUGCCUUCUGGUGUCACACCUUCCUGCGCACCCUGUACUCCACAAUUGCGCUGGGCAUGUUCGCUCUGGCCAUUGCCGUGCAGAUACCCCGCCUGAAUGUGUCCAUGAACGGAAAGGUGGCGGUGCUGCUGCUCUGGUCCGCCUACGGCAUCAUCCCGCUGGGCCACUGGGCGGUGGCCAUGGGCGGUCUGGAGAACGAGCUAGUCAGGCUGAUGGUGCCCCGCAUCGUGGUCAUGUACUUGCUCUGCCUCGUCGCGUUCGUCUUCUACGCGGCCAAGAUCCCGGAGCGCUGGUUCACCGGCAAGGUGGACUUCGUGGGACAUUCGCACAACUGGUGGCAUCUGAUCAUCGUGGCCGCCUUCUACCACUGGCACAACACCGGCCUGGUCUAUGCCGAGUACCGCCUGAAUAACGGAUGCACUGCACCAGUUCUCUCCUAGAACUUGAAUCCCUUCAUCGGAGUUAAGUUCCAAGAUCCAGGAGCCAGAACCCAAGAUCCGAGGAGCGGAAGUGAAUGCGAAAUCGGAACCCGGGACUCUAGUAGACUAAAGCUUAGUGUAAAUAGUUUAUGGGGCGCGCUUUAUCCGCUAAUAACUAAUAUUUAGUUGUAGUUGUUGACCGAUAUGAUUAAUUUAUGUGUAAUUUACCGAUUAGUUAGGGUUUCGUGUUAGACAAUCCAGAUCCAGAUAGUUGGCAUCGCAUAAGCGGCAGAAAGGUUUCUCUCUCUUUAUAUCCUAAUUAAUUUCAUUUUAAUAUACAAUUAUACAAUGUCUAUGAAAUUGCAUGUGUCUUGAGCUGAAGCUGUGUUAGUCUUGUUGACUCCAUUUUUACAAACUCCUAAAAUGCAAAUACAAUAUCAAACGUACAAAGCAAACAAAA